GGCGGCCAUGACUCGUGGCGGCUCGGCAAGCUUCGUCGAAACGCUCUCGCCUCCUCCCUUCGUCGUUGGCUAAACGUCCGUCGUCGUAGUCCUCGUAGAGCCGCCACCGCGAGCGCUCCUAAAGAGAGAAGAUAAAGGGAGUGAGAGAAAGAGAGGGAAAAGAUUCACUACGUACGGGCGAAUAGAGAGAGAGAGAGAGAGAGAGAGAGAAAAAGAACGAACGAGAGAUAUAGAGAAAAAAAGAGAGAAGGUGGAAAGACGAACGAAGAGAGAUACAUAGGUAGUUACUUUUGAUGUGGUGGGAGAGAAAGAGAGAGAGAGAGAGAGAGAGAGAGAGAAAAUAAAACAUACAUAGAGAAAAUAUUGUAAGAGGGUACGAGAAAGAAAAGUGGGGACAGAGGAGUGCAAGAGAACGAGAAAGAUAAAGAUAAAGAUAAAGAAAGAGAAAAAGAGAGAGAUAGAGAGAGAGAGAGUGAUACUCGCAAGAGAUCAAGUAAACGACGACUAUACGUCAUAGGCGAGUACGCGCGUGGCGAUAUACGAACUAUACCCGUGGCAUCUUCUCUCUUGAUACUUAAACUGGUGGUGCGCUUUGAAGCCGGUCGCUUUAUAUGUUGUUGUUCGUGCGCUUGGAAUCCGUUACGACGACGAGUUCUUCUCGUGGCGUUUCUCCCGAUCGGACGCCGCCAUUGUUAUCGUCCGCGUUUGAGAAGAGAAGACGACGCUCGGUCGCGUCCUAGUCUGCAUCUUCUUUCUAAAUUUGCCAUUUCUGUUAUCCCUUCAUCCAUCCAUCCAUUCAUCCAUCCAUCCAUCCAUCCAUUCAUUCUGUCUUUUUUCAUCAUCGUAAUUCCACGAAAUACAUAAACGUUACUACGAUCAGUUGUUUCUUUUACUCUUUACGAGAAGAGGAAGAAAAAGAACGUUGGAAAGGUUAAGAACGUUUUAUAAUAAGAAAGAGAGAUAGAGAAUAAAGGAAAAAAGGAAAAGGAACCAGCAGUGGGCUUUCGUGUACACAAAGUGUCCAGUGCAUUAUGUGAUUGUUUUCCCAGCGACGCGCUUUCCUCGGCCACCGGUGAUCGAUUCGAAGAGCGUGAAGGAUGCAGGGACUGACGUUCCCGCGUCGGAAAGGGAGAUUCACCCCGUCAUCGUCCUCCUCGUCGUUGCUAGUACUACUCCUACUCCCACUGGCCGAGCUACCCCUCGCGAACGGUUCUUGCGAGUUUCCAGCAAGUUGGGCGGGAGAAUGGUAUCAACAUGGAAAACCGGUACCCAUUAUCAUAAAUGCAACGAUGUUAGGCGAAAGAAAGUGCGUGGAAAGAAGAAAAGACAAGUUUAUUACGUACGGUGAUAAAUGUUACCACUGUAUGAUCAUUACUGCCAGGCACGAAAACGUCAUUCAAUAUCGCGAAGGAUUCUGCAAUCCAGACCCAAUGGAUCUUGAAAACAUGUGCUCGAUGAUCGGUUCGGACGAUAUUCUAUAUUCUAUGUUUCGGAUAAACUCUAAGCCCAUACCUUGUCCAUUCAGCGGCCCUCCAUUCACGUUUUCGUAUAAUCGAGGAUACCGAGAAUGCGCAGUACCUAUAAGUUUGGCCGAACGAUGUACAGACGAGAGUAAGCUUCUUCUUAAAUAUCAGGCUUGUCCGGACAUCGAUGGAACGGAAAGUAAUACGGAAGAGUUGCAGUGCCUAGCGGUGUGGAACGACGGUGGACGUAAUAAAUAUUUAGUGGGUACAUUAAAGGGAAGAAAUGCCGUUGCUAAUGAAGUAACAUUUAGGUGCUUUUUGUACGAAGAGAAACAUCAUCAGGGAAAAGUGGUUUAUAUGCUCGCUCAUUCCGGAGAACCUACUUGCAAUGGUUUGACGACGGUAUCCGAGGCAUCCCUUACAAUAAAACUAACGAAAGUGGACAAAGAACACAGUAGAUGCAAAUAUCCAUCAUGGGUUACACAACAUCACGAUUGGCAUUCAUUGGAUGGCACAAAAAUGUAUCACUUUACAAACAAGAAUGCAACACUUAAAGUAAAGGCACAAGAAACCGAUAGAGAAGCAUUUCACGAGGAAAAAAUUGUAUGUCAUAAUUUAGAAAAGAUGCAUCCUAACGAUAAUAAUCAAGGUCAUAAAGUGAAGUUGAUAGCUCAUGUGACCAGUGGUUGUGACAUCGGUUACGUAUGUAUGAUAUUCCAUAAGAGAGAUGGACACAUUAUUGAAAUACAACAAUCCGCACAAAAGGCAAUCAUGCCAGAUGAAGUCUGUUCCCUUUGGGAUCCUUCGAAUAUGCCUUAUACGACUUUAAUAACUUCUUUCCUACAUCAAAGAAAAUGUUCACACGCCGGUCGUUACUCUAUCAUGGAUUUUGCCCCUUCAAACGUAUUCUCGGCUACUCCCAGACGACAGCGUCGCAGUGAGAAAUCUUCGAAAACGGCAAAAAGAAGGACAUGGCAGGACGAUAUUGAAGACGAGGAGUGUAGGAGUACGGAUAUUCAAAUAGGAUGCAGCUCGUCUGAUCAAAAUGAAAUGGUAAUAGCAAAUACUUGUGAACACGAAGAAAAAGCAUAUUCAUGUCACGGUAGUUGGGAAGAAAAAGGUAUAUGGUAUACUAUAGUGUCUCAAAAAAGUACAGAACUUAGGGUAGGCCUAGGACAAACGUAUUGUUUCUCAAUGCGGCCUGGUACAAAUCCAGAAAAAAGUCAAGAUAGGAGUAAAUCGUUACAACAAGAACAAGAAUUAUGGCUUUCGAAGCCAACACGUUUUUGUCAAAGGAAUGGAACAAAUGAAUGGACGUAUAGACUCUCCAGUCAAGGUGUUUGUGAAGAUUUAAUGAAGGCAGCAUCGAGUUUAGCGUCUACUUUCUCAUUGAGUAGCAGUACGAUUAUCGUUACAAUAGUCACAACGACGCACACAAUAUUGUCCAGAUGAUUCGACAGAAAAGGCUUGUAGAUAUUGACUGCUACUUAAAACAUAAACUAUAAUUAACAGCAGCUACUAACAGGCCAAUCGGUCAAUAUAACAUUAUUAUUAUUAUUAUUAUUAUUAUU